AUCCUUAUGGAUGGACGGUAUUUCAGAAACGAUUUAAUGGUUCUGUGGACUUUUACCGUAACUUCUCGGAAUACACAAACGGGUUUGGAAAUCUUCUAGGCGAGUUUUGGCUUGGUCUUCGUGCUAUUGAAGAAAUGACAUCACAAUAUAGUAGUGAAUUCAGACUGGGUGUGACAGCUGCUGAUGACUCACAUGCGUAUGAGGUCUUUCAAAACUUCAGCUUAUCGAAAUAUCCAAAGUACACCCUUCAUCUAGGGGCUCAGACUGUCCAACAAAUAUCAAAUGAUUCAUAUGGAUUUUCUCAAGGCAACGGUUCUGACUUCAGCACAUUUGAUCAUGAUGCAAAUAAGGCUCGUCGUAACUGUGGACAACUGCAACGUGGUGGAUGGUGGUAUGGUGAUUGUUCCCGGGUUAACCUGAAUGGCGAGUAUCUAACACCACCAGGAGGAGCAUCAAUUCACUACCACGGAUGGGCAGGUUUCAUCUAUUAUCCAUGGAAAGGAUUAGCAACACUCAAAUCUUCGCAAAUGAUGUUUAGAAAGCAGACUUGAAAUUUUGUAUUUUGAAAUGGCCUGUGAUGGUAUAAAUGUAACUUCUUGAUAUCAAACAACUAACAUCGAUAAACAUAAACGUGUAAGGGAGCAUUUUUGAAUACCACAUAAUGAAAUUUAAACUACAUACUUUAUUUUUCGCCUCAUAUGUUCCAGUUUGUAUCAAUCAGUAAUUUAAUACUAAGUGCAAGGUAGCUACUUAAGGAUAAAAAUACGUACAGCUACCCGAGGGUGAGGAAUCUAGAAGGUUUAAAGAAAUUUUAGAAUCAUGCACGAUGUAGUAUAAACUCCCAUGUAUUUAUGUUAAAACGCUGUUCCCGUACGUAAGGUUUGCACCCUAUACAUAAUUUCGCCAACGCAAAUGCAAGUAUUUGGUCCUUCUAACCAAACUUAGCGUAGCAGGAAGCAGCUUUCGAGCGUUUAUUUAUGUCAUGUGAACCAAAAAUAAAGAUAGCCCUCCAAAACUUG